CGGUGGGGAGCACUUUCCAUGUUCACAAAAAGUUCGAGGAAGGCGCCGGCGCGCCAAGACCCACCCAGCCAAUGGCGGUAGGCUCAAUCUGGUAGCAUCAUCGAUAUGAGGAAAGCUCCCCUCCAACGCCACGACCUCACUCUCCACUCUACACGCCCAUUGAGGCCCAUACAUCGACGUAGGGAGAGAUACAACCACCAUGCCUGUCUCCUUUGCGCGUCUGGCCGGCCCCGCGGCGAAGCGAGUGUGCCUCAACGCCUCCCGACCCCAGCUCCGAACCGCAAUCCCUUCACGACCCAUUGCGCGAUGCCUGUCGACCACAUUCCCCCGCCGAUACGCUGAAGUCGAAGAGAGCCAGCGGACACGAUUGGUGGCGACCGAUUCCAACUUUGGUGGCGUUGCACCGGCCGAGACAGCCCAGGAAACGAGGGCUGAGGAGGACGACCAUGUAGACACCAGGAAGAUCCGGCAUUACACGGUCAACUUCGGACCCCAGCAUCCCGCUGCCCACGGUGUGUUGCGCUUGAUUCUGGAGUUGAACGGAGAGGAGAUCGUGCGCGCCGACCCACACGUUGGACUGUUGCACAGAGGAACAGAGAAGCUCAUCGAGUACCGCACAUACCUCCAGGCCCUGCCCUACUUUGACCGACUCGACUAUGUCUCUAUGAUGACCAACGAGCAGUGCUUCUCGCUGGCUGUCGAGAAGCUACUGAACAUUGAUAUCCCAAUUCGCGCCAAGUACAUCCGUACCCUGUUCGGCGAAAUCACCCGCAUCCUGAACCAUCUCAUGUCGGUUUUGUCCCACGCCAUGGAUGUUGGUGCUCUGACGCCUUUCUUGUGGGGUUUCGAGGAGCGUGAGAAGCUCAUGGAAUUCUACGAACGUGUUUCUGGUGCCCGUCUCCACGCGGCCUACGUCCGCCCUGGUGGUGUGUCACAGGAUCUUCCCCUCGGUCUGCUCGACGACAUCUACCAAUGGGCUACUCAAUUCGGUGACCGUAUCGACGAGACUGAGGAGAUGUUGACGGACAACCGUAUCUGGAUUGGCCGUACAAAGGGUGUUGGUGUUGUCUCAGCUGCUGACGCCAUCAACUACUCCUUCUCCGGUGUUAUGCUUCGAGGAUCUGGUGUUCCCUGGGACGUCCGCAAGUCGCAGCCGUACGACGCCUACGACAGGGUUGAUUUUGAUGUCCCAGUUGGCGUCAACGGCGACUGCUAUGACCGUUACCUCUGCCGUAUGGAGGAGUUCCGUCAGUCACUUCGUAUCAUCCACCAGUGCUUGAACGACAUGCCAGCUGGCCCCGUCAAGGUCGAGGACUACAAGAUCGCGCCACCACCACGUGCGGCCAUGAAGGAGAACAUGGAGGCGCUUAUUCACCACUUCCUGCUCUUCAGCAAGGGUUACACCGUCCCACCUGGUGAGACAUACAGCGCCAUCGAGGCCCCCAAGGGAGAGAUGGGUGUCUUCCUGGUCUCAGACGGUAGCGAGAGGCCAUACAGGUGUAAGAUUAGGGCACCCGGAUUCGCCCACCUGGCCUGCAUGGACCAAAUCUCAAGAGGCCAUUUGCUUGCAGAUGCCGUCGCCAUCAUUGGCACAAUGGACUUGGUAUUUGGUGAAGUUGACCGGUGAUCAAGAAGUAGAAGAAAGGAAUAGAAAGGCAGUUGCAUUCUGCUUCGAACCGAGUCGGAGCCGCGGGUGUUAGGUGACCAAUUGUACAUAUGGUACUUUGACAAUUUCUUGAAAUUCAAUGACAUUUGUAUGUUUAUCUCAUCUCUUCACACCUGUGCAUCCACGACGGGAAGUCACUUGAAGAACCGCUGUUGAUGAGAGGACCAUGCUGGAGGACGAUGGUCAGUCAAUGCAAAUACCACAUACAGGAGGGAAACUGAAUAGGUAUUAACAUAACACGCCUUAGCUUGCAGCCUACAUUAGCUCCUAAUAGAAAAACUUCUAAAG